CUCUCUCGCUCUCUCUCUCUCUCUCUCUCUAAAACUUCACUAAUAAAUCCUCUCUCUACAGUCACAUUACAUUAUCCACUCACUCUCUCUCUCUCUCUUCUGUGUGUUGUGCAGCAGACACCUUCAAUGGCAUUUUGCUGACAGUGAAUAAAUGGCUGGAAAACCAGUCUUCCAUCUGCACAACUUAUCUGUGAUACAAUUACAAAUAGCAAGAGAGAAGCUUAAUUGAGGGAGGGACGGUGGGGAAAGCAAAGAGGAGGUAAAGUAGUAGUAGAAGCAGCAGCUUUUGAAAUAAGUGCUUUUAUGGACUGGAACUUGAAAGCAGCUUCUUGGGAUUUGUCUGAACUAGAACAAGAAACCUUUUCCAACUUGGACACUACAGUUGAUGGGUCUAGCAGCUUUGGAGAUCAUAGGACCUUCAAAGGAAGCAGCUUUUCUGUUGAUUUGAAGCUUGGUCAGUUGGGUGGCUCUGGGAAUAAUGACCUGGUGGAUAUGCUGAAGGAGCCCGUUCCGAGAACUACCUCAUCAUUUUCGUCUGGACCAUCAAAGAGGUCUAGAGUGGCUUACAGCGGAUCUCAGAUGGUUUCCUGCCUCGUUGAUGGAUGCAAUUCAGACCUUAGUACUUGUAGGGAUUACCAUCGGCGGCAUAAGGUCUGUGAGUUACAUUCUAAGACUCCUCAGGUCACGAUUAACGGAAACAAGCAGCGAUUUUGCCAGCAGUGUAGCAGGUUCCAUGCUCUGGAGGAAUUUGAUGAGGGAAAGAGAAGCUGUAGGAAACGUCUUGAUGGACACAACCGGCGGCGAAGGAAGCCUCAACCAGAACCCUUGUCACAUCCGGGGAGUUUUAUGUCCAGUUACCAAGGUACCCCACGAUUGUUGCCACUCUCUAGUUCACUUGUAUACCCCUCCACAAAUAUCGUAAACCCUACCUGGACCGGCAUUGUCAAAACGGAGCCAGAUUCUGGGAUUCAUAACCACCAACUGCCAAUGGUCGAUAAGCAAAACAUGUUCCUUGGGUCCUCAGACAGCACCAGCAGCAGCGGUUACAAGGGAGGAAAGCAAUUCUCACUCUUCCAAAGCAGCGACAGCUCCCCAGUCCACCACAACCACCAAACAUCUCAUCAUCACAGUGCUUCUGUCUGCCGGCCCCUUCUCAACACCAUUUCAUUCUCCGAAACUGGUGGUGGUGGUGGCGGUGGGACAACAAAGAGCAAGACGUUUUGUGACAGGUUAACAACUCAAACCCACGAUUCGGACUGUGCUCUCUCUCUUCUGUCAUCACCGCAGACGCAGCAGAGAUCUGAAAUAGGUUUGAGACACAUGGUGCAGCAGCCUAAUUCAAUCUCUCUGAUGCAACAACGAUUUGGCCCCGCGGGUCUACACGGAAACAGCAGUUCCAUUGAGCCCAUGGAUUCAGUUCUGGUCUCCAAUGGAAGUGGUGAUGCAAACGUUCAUUGUCCCGGAAUGUUUCACAUUGGCUCUGAUGGGUCUCAGGGCAGUGGGAAUCAACACCCUCAAACACCUCCAUUUCAUUGGCAGUAGCGAAAAUUAUUUGUAGGAUUUCUAGAUCAGUUGUUUCGGAAUGGAAUUUAGAACCUCAUUGUAUGGUUUUGGAGGUCUUUCUUUUGUUCAUGUAAACAUAAAUAUAUUAUUUUAAAGUGACUGACUUUUGAAGCA